GCUUCUCUCAAAGCUCAGAGUCACACUAAAGAGUGGUGAGUGAUAGAGUGAUCAGUCAAAAUUCUGUGGCUCUCUUAUCCACUUAUGAUGGCGGAGCUUCGUUUCACUCUCCCAUGGCGGAAACUCGUAUUCGGAGUUCAGCCUGUUAACCUUUUCUCCGUUAUAGUUUGCCUCCUCGUCAUUUUCCCCAUCUCCGAGUCGGAACAAGUAUCGGGGUUUUGUGGUGCGGCAUAUGGAGAAUCAGAGGGUUGUUCUUACUCUUCGAAGCUCUUGAUCAAAGGUGGAACUGUUGUAAACGCUCACCAUCAGGAACUUGCCGAUGUUUACGUUGAGGAUGGGAUUAUUGUCUCCGUCCAGCCUAACAUCAACGUUGGUGAUGAUGUUAAAGUGAUUGAUGCCACCGGGAAGUAUGUUAUGCCAGGAGGAAUUGAUCCCCAUACACACUUGGAGACACAUUUUAUCUAUAGCGAUACCGUUGAUGACUUUUUCACUGGUCAGGCUGCUGCAUUAGCAGGGGGAACUACAAUGAACAUAAACUUUGCUAUGCCAAUUAAUGGGAGUUUAACUGCUGGUUUUGAAGACUUUGCAAAAAAAGCAAAAAAAUCAUGCAUGGACUAUGGUUUCCAUAUGGCCAUCACAAAAUGGGAUGAAGUUGUUGCAAAAGAAAUGGAAAUUAUGGUUGAGAAAGGUAUCAACUCUUUCAAGUUUUUCCUCGCCUACAAACCUGCUCUUAUGAUCAAUGAUGAACUUCUAAUACGAGGCAUGAGAAAAUGCAAGUCUCUUGGUGCCUUGCCUAUGGUUCAUGCAGAAAAUGGUGAUGCUAUUGAGGAGGCAGCACAGAUGAUGAUUGAUCUUGGUAUUACUGGUCCAGAAGGACAUGCACUUUCUAGGCCCCCUGUGCUGGAAGGAGAGGCAACUGCUAGAGCCAUUCGUUUGGCAGCUUUUGUGAACACACCCCUGUAUGUUGUUCAUGUGAUGAGUAUCGAUGCAAUGGAAGAGAUAGCCAGAGCUCGACAAGCAGGUCAGAGGGUUAUUGGAGAGCCAAUAGGUGCUGGAUUGGUACUCGAAGAAUCGGGGAUUUUUGAUCCUGACUUCACCACCGCUGCAAAGUAUCUCAUGAGUCCUCCAAUAAGGAAAGCAGGUCAUGAUAAAGCUCUUCAAGCUGCCCUAUCAACGGGAGUUUUGCAGCUUGUAGGAUCUGAUCAUUGUUCAUUCAAUUCUACACAAAAAGCCCUCGGUAUUGAUGACUUCCGAAAAAUUCCUAAUGGUGUCAACGGUAUUGAGGAGAGGAUGCAUGUGGUCUGGGACUCAAUGGUGGAGUCCGGCUUGAUAACUCCUUCUGACUAUGUGCGAAUUACAAGCACUGAAUGUGCUCGGAUCUUUAAUAUAUACCCAAGAAAGGGAGCGAUACUUGCCGGAUCUGAUGCUGAUAUAAUCGUACUCAAUCCCAAUGCAAGCUUUGAAAUAAGUGCAGCCACUCAACACAGGAAUUCUGACACCAAUGCCUUCGAAGGAAUUAGUGGGAAGGGAAAAGUGGAAGUGACAAUUGCAGGAGGAAGAGUAGUAUGGGAAGGAGAUGAACUCAAGGUUGUACCUGGUUCUGGGAGAUACAUAGAAAUGCCACCUUUCAGUUAUCUUUUCAAUGGUAUUGACAAAGCUGAUGCGGCAUACCUGUCAUCUCUUAAUGCUCCUGUUCAGCGUGUCAAAGCCGUCGUGGCUUGAGUUCGGCUAUUUUUUUCCCAGAAACAGAAGUCAAAGUGAAAUAAUGGG